GACAAUGAAGAAAACCUGUAUUCACCUGAAGGCAGACAACCCUGUGCGUCAAAACAAGAAGAUUUAAGAGUGGAAUAAAUUGAAUUACGUUUUAAAACCUAAACAAUGGGCGUGUUGGACAAUAUUGCGAUGCACUUCACGGGGGAUGCGUCCAGGAACAGGAACACUUCCAUAAUAGCCGGUCUUCUGUUUUUCGCAGGAUGGUGGGUUCUAAUCGAUGCCAUGUCCAUCGACGGCAAGCACCAGAUUACCACAGGACACGUCUUCAUCGGCAUCUUCGGCACCAUCAGCUUCUGCAUGGUGAACGCAGUGAAGGGAGAACAUAUUUCGGAUGAGAACUCAUCGGAGUCCGGCGCCAGGAUAGCGAAGAUCUGGCUGCUUGUAGGCUUCCUAAUGGGUUUUGCCUCCAUCAUUGCCGCCAUCUGGGUGAUGAUCGACGACUUCAUCAACAAUGAAAAGAAAGAUGGCUGGUUUGGCGUGGCUCUGCUGAUGCAAAACGUCUUCAUCCUGUUCGCCAGUUUGGUCUACAAGUUCGGACGCAACGAGGAAGAGUGGAAUGAGUAAAGCUUCCAUUCAAAAUAUUGCACAAGGGAACGCUGCUUUUAGUAUCUAGACUCAUUACGUACAUAUUCAGGAGUCCAAGGAGUUUAUGCUUGAGGCCGUGGACACCAUCACUCGCAAAGCCUCACCCCACAUUGAAGCGUAAACUGUCCAACUCUGCUACUGUUCAUAUUCGAAAGAAUCGUCAAAGCUGUACGGAUUUCCCUCAUUACUUCCGACAUUCUGCCGCUUUGAAUCGGAAUAGGGCGCAGAGCAGGGCCAAUAAUCUCAUUUAUAUUUAAUAAAAUAAACGACAAGUCACUUGCGUAA